AUGAAGAGAACACGCAAUGGGCCUGGACUCGAUCCCAACGCCGCAGACCAGGGCGGUUUGCCUCAAUUGAGGAAACCUAUUUUUCUCGAAACUAUUAUUCCGUUGGAUUCAAUCUCCCCUCCGGAUUCUCCCACGAAUCCCAUUCACAGGCCAUCAAAGUUUCGACGCCAAGGAUCAAAACUACUGUCAGUUUUGCGUACGUUAACCAAUAGUAGUUCGAGUGUUGCAGAACCUGAUUAUGCACCGUUGUCACCUCCCCCCGAGGCCGUCGCUCUGGGCAAGAAAAUCUCCAUGGCUUUGCUCAAAGCUCCACCCACGAUCGUUCACCGCACACAAUUCAAGAGUCGACUCAGUGUGAUAUCAAUCGAUAAAGGCGUUUUGGAAUUUAUGCCGGAUGCUCCUAUCUCUCCAUCAAGUGCCGAGUCCACGAGCAACAGUGGAAAAUCAUCCGGUCCUGAUGCUCAACAGUCCACUCAAAAGACUUCUCUUGAGUCUAAGUUUUCUCAGAAAUCUGCUGGCAUCUCUCAGCAUUCGUCUGAGAAUAAAAAGGUUCCGCCAAAGACUAUGAAUCAAGCAGAGGGAUGCUCUGCUGAUGGUCUUCUUAAGCCAAUCACUGAAAAUGAUAAUGUUGAAUGUCCACAGCCAGUUCCAACUGUAAUUACCGUCGAGAAAGCAGCAUCUGCUAAGGUUUUCUUCGAAACCUACUACAACGAUGUCACUGCCAAGACAGUAAAGCCUCGAUCCCUUCGACGCUUGAAUCUUGAAAAUGAGCUCUUGAAUGAUAUGUCAUCUUCUCCAUCGGACAAGGCCGAAAGACGUCAAGCUCUGGCAACAGCAGAGACCAAUCAUCUUCGACAGACACGAAAUAUGAAGGUGCGUAGUACCAAUGCUUUGAAAGGUAGAGAUCAUAAACCUUCGAAUUAUGAGGUGGUCAAAGUACUUGGAAAGGGCAGCUUCGGGGUUGUUCGGCUUGUUAGAGAGAAGUGGGCACCGGGUACUCAUGAAUCGGAGCCAAGCAAGAGUAUCUAUGCCAUGAAGGUUAUCAGGAAAUCAGAUAUGCUCCGAAAUAGUCAAGAGGGUCAUUUACGAGCUGAGCGUGACUUUCUUGUCGCCGCCGAGGGAUCUAGAUGGGUUGUGCCUCUGAUUGCCAGCUUCCAAGAUCUUAACAAUCUGUAUCUCGUAAUGGAUUACAUGCCUGGAGGUGACUUUCUCGGCCUACUCAUUCGCGAUAAUGUUCUCUCCGAAUCGGUCACCAAAUGGUAUAUUGCCGAAAUGAUCUUAUGUAUCGAAGAAGCGCAUGCUCUUCGGUGGAUUCAUCGUGAUAUCAAACCAGACAACUUCCUGAUUUCGGCAUCCGGUCAUCUCAAGAUAUCCGACUUCGGUUUGGCUUUUGAUGGCCAUUGGUCUCACGAUCAAGCUUACUUUCACAAUCAUCGAUACUCGCUUCUCAAUAAACUUGGUAUCACUGUUGAGGGAGAUACUCUCGAUAGGAAGGAAGGGAGAAGCGUUGCUGCUGCUAUGAAGAUUGCCCAUGUUAUGAUGGGCGGAAAAGAACGUCAUGAAAAGAAUUCGGAUAAUGCAUCGGCUUCGGAGAGUAUUCUUAAUUGGCGCAAUCGUUUUGGCAACAGAACGCUUGCACGCUCGGUGGUUGGUACUAGUCAGUAUAUGGCACCGGAAGUGGUGAGAGGAGAGAUGUAUGAUGCCAGAUGUGAUUGGUGGAGUGUUGCUGUUAUUCUCUAUGAGUGUCUCUAUGGCCAUACCCCCUUUCUUGCCGAAGAAGGCGGCAGACAACAAACGAAGAUGAACAUCCUGAACCACAAAACCACUUUCCAAUUUCCCUCACGCCCAUCCGCCAGCAGAAGAUGCCAAGACCUCAUCCGAAGUAUCAUCCAAGAAAAAGACCAUCGCUUGUGCAGUCGACGCUACAAAUCCCGCGACACGACACUUGGCUCCAUGUCCUCUCGGCGAAAUCUAGAUUAUGCCGGUCGUUAUGUAUAUCCCAACGAUGCGGAGGACAUCAAGGCACAUAAAUGGUUUCGCGACAUUCAAUGGGAUCGCAUCAACCUGAUGCCUCCGCCUUUUAUCCCCAACAUCAAGUCUAUGGACGACACGCAUUAUUUCGACGAGGAAGAACCCAUAUCCGAUUUUUCCGAAUCGGUCACGGCGAUAACGCCCACGGUGCAACAGAUUGCCGAUGCGCUCCAGCCCUUCAAUCGCGAGAUUCAAAUCAUAGCUACGGGAUUCAUCGAGCGUCCUCACGAUUCCGUCAAGUUGAAGAGGGUGGAGAAGGAAAUUGAUCAAUUCGUCAUGCGCGAUGAGGAAAAAGAAUAUCUCAAGACGUUUGUCAAGACGUUUGGGAGAAAGGAACGGAAGCGUCCAAGGGAUCGUCUGCUGAGGGAUAAAGAGAUCGCGCCCAAGAUUCUGGAGUUGAGGAAGAAGGGCGCGUUUCUGGGGUAUACGUAUAGGAGGAUUGAGACGGGGGUGGGGGGUGCGAGGGCUGGGUAUGGUGGGGGAGUGAUGGCGGCGGUGGGGAGUAGGAGGGCGGGGGUUUGGCAUCGGGCGAGGUUGAGUGUUCAUUAG